UCCUGUGACAACUGUGGAGUGAUCAAGUUUUGAUACUAAUCGAAGCAUAUUGAUCAGCAGAUGUUUCGGUGUGCGCCAUGGAUCCGCUGACGUGUUUGGCCUCUCUGCUGCUCCUCUUUCUGCUGUGGCUUAAAGUCAAAGGCCUGGAACACGUUAUCGUUCACCAGCGGUGGAUAUUUGCCUGUUUAUUCCUGCUGCCGCUCUCCGUCCUCUUUGAUGUGUACUAUUACCUCCGGGCUUGGCUCAUUUUGAAAAUGUACUCUGCGCCGAAACUGCACGACCAGCGCGUGCGAGACAUCCAGAGACAGGUGCGCGAGUGGAAGAAGGCGGGCGGUAACACCUACAUGUGCACAGGUCGGCCUGGCUGGCUCACUGUAUCUCUCAGAGUGGGAAAGUACAAAAAAUCCUACAAGAACAUCAUGAUUAACCUGAUGGACAUCCUGGACGUGGACACAAAGAGGCAGGUGUUGAGAGUGGAGCCCCUAGUCAACAUGGGUCAGGUAACUGCCCUCCUUAACUCUAUUGGCUGGACACUGCCAGUGCUGCCUGAGCUGGAUGACCUCACUGUGGGUGGGUUGGUGAUGGGCACGGGCAUCGAGUCAUCCUCUCACAUUUAUGGAUUGUUUCAGCACAUCUGUGUUGCAUAUGAACUGGUUCUAGCUAACGGCAGUGUAAUUCGCUGCACCGAGGAGGAGAACUCUGAUCUGUUCCAUGCUGUCCCGUGGUCCUGUGGCACUUUGGGCUUCCUGGUUGCCGCUGAGAUUAAAAUAGUCCCGGCUAAAUCCUGGGUGAAGUUGCGAUAUGAGCCAGUUAGAGGGCUCGAGAACAUCUGCAAGCGCUUCAAUGAGGCGUCAGUGAACAAGGAGAACACAUUUGUCGAAGGAAUCCAGUACACGCUGAACUCAGCAGUCAUCAUGACAGGAACCAUGGUUGAUUUCCCAGAGCCUGACAAGAUAAACAGAAUGGGCCUGCACUUCAAACCGUGGUUCUUCAAACAUGUGGAGGGCUACCUGACAGCCGACCGCACUGGCGUGGAAUAUAUACCCCUCAGACACUACUAUCACAGACACACACGCAGUAUCUUCUGGGAGCUGCAGGAUAUAAUUCCAUUUGGAAACAAUCCUGUGUUCCGCUGGCUUUUCGGUUGGAUGGUUCCUCCUAAAAUCUCUCUGUUGAAGCUCACCCAGGGAGAAACCAUUAGGCUGCUUUAUGAACAACAUCAUGUGAUCCAGGAUAUGCUGAUACCCAUGCAGCACCUACAGGCUGCAAUCACACGCUUUCACCAGGAGAUCAAUAUUCACCCCCUGUGGCUGUGUCCAUUCCUCUUGCCCCCUGGUAGAGGAAUGGUUCACCCCAAAGGUCAGAAGGAGGAGCUGUAUGUGGAUAUUGGGGCUUAUGGCGAGCCAAAAGUCAAACACUUUGAAGCUAAAGCAUCCACACGUCAGCUGGAAAAGUUCGUCAGAGAUGUGAAUGGAUUCCAGAUGCUCUAUGCAGACGUGUACAUGAACCGAGAGGAGUUUUGGGAAAUGUUUGAUGGACAGCUGUAUCAUAGGCUGAGAGAGGAGCUAGGAUGUAAGGAGGCAUUCCCGGAGGUUUAUGACAAAAUCUGUAAAUCUGCUCGACACUGACCCCAGAACUGUGCCAGAGAGGGACUGAAGCAGCUCACGUUUGUUGUAGACCCUCUCAACAAGAGAGGGUAUCUCAUUGAUGCAAUGUGUGCUGUCUUUUUUUUAAGCAGUCACACUGUCUUUAGAAUUCUCCUUCCUCUCAUUGAUAAGUGGAUUUAUUGAAGUACUUUUAAGACAAGAAGUAUAUUUUUCUCGGUGCAAUAAGUUGUUUCAUACUCAGACUAAUCAUAACGAUACAUCACAACUUUUUUUACCU